AGCUUCUCUUUUCUUUAUUCUCAGCUCGAAUGAUGAGCCCUCGUAGAUGAGCGUCAGCUACGCAUUCGGGCACACAAAACUAACUUGUCUUCGAGGCGCUCGGUCUAAGAGUUUUUCCUACCGAUAGAUGGGGUGUGCCACCUCGCGUGACGACGCCGCGAAAGGAUAGCGCGCCUACGAUCGUAGCCUUUAGAGUGAUGCGCCGCGCUUAGGAUGAGGCAGCCAUUCUGCGGUGGAAAGAGGGCGUUACGGAGAUGAUGCAGCAACGAUGGGUGGCAUGCAGGGAGGUGCCCAUGGACAAUGCAGAGUUCCCUGGAACAGGCAGAGCGGCAGGUUGCACGACGCGCCCUUCAGCAUACAUCCAGCCCAAAGCCGCCGGAUGCAUUGCGAGAGGGCGAGUAACUCUUUUUCUUUGAACAUUGACGAGAUUCACAACCCCGCGGACGCCCUCUGGCUAAUCUUUGGGGUUCACGUGGGGUGCGAACAGCGCGAGGUGUCGGACCUCCAGUCGAGUGUGUUUUGAAUCACCAGCUUUCACCUGAGCCCUGAUGAUGCCGGCCACUUCACCGUGGUGUCAGGGUCCAGUAACCACCAAAGGGGGAAGCCAAGAGCCCGCAGCCUGUCCUCGGGUCCGGUUGCGCGCUCAUUGGUGCGGCGGACAGGUCUGGGUCGUGCAUAGGCUGGAGAGACUUGCAGCAGGCCACAUGUUCGAUACGGCUCACGAAAGCGCGUGUCUACGGGUUAUGAAAACCGUAAGAUAAACCGCUGAUAUUGAUGUGCGAUUACGCCGUGGUGAUGUUGAGCGCAACCCUGCUUGGCCACAGCCUUUGUGCCAUGUAAUGGAAGAGACAGCUUUGUGGGGAGUACGGGUAAUAUCCUCCGUGUUUUGACAGGAAUGGCACAGAUGAAACAAAGAGUCCUUUGUGUCUUCGAGCCGCCCCGGCAGUACCGGGGGCUCUCUUUUCUUGUUUCCAUCGCGCACCGCCGCCUUCAUCAUCGCCGUAGCGGGCACGUAUGGAGAACGGCAUCUUCAAAAGACGCGAUUCCGCUUUGCGAUGACGGUGAAGCUGAGCACAGUGUAUUACUGUGUGUUUUGCUCGGUCAUAUAAAUCGAAGAGACGAAAGAACGAAGAGGGUCACCCUGUGUGAUUGGGGUUUUACGGACUGCCGCGAAGAGAGCACAAAGCGGGUGUAGCUGUUGAUUAGAACCCGAUGAGCGGGAGCUUUGCGUGCUUACCAACGUCCGCUUCUGAGCAAAGAGCGCACCGGCACGUUUCUGCUUCUCUGCAAGCUUCGUAGAAAUGUAAGGGGUGUCUGCAUCUGCCGGUGCUCGUAGUAUCCUCUCCGUGCCUUGCUUCCAUCUUUCACCAAAUGAACAGCUUUAACGGAACUCCCCCACACCGCCUCUGUGCGAACUCGCAUGAGACACCAAGGCACGUCGUUCCUUCCACCUCCACUACUCUCUCCUUCUUCUUCACACCACCACAGCACACAUUCGCUCUCUAACGGGACGGCGUCAGUUCCGCGUGCACUACGAGAGUUUUUGAUAGUCAUGACGUGAACUAAAAUAUAUUAAUACCUUCGAUAUCUCAUUUUUGUAUUUUCAGGCUUCGUUUUCAUUUGCUCCAUUUUUCUUUCUGUGUGCAUUAAAGCACGUGUUCUCGGCUUCUUUACACUUAAGAAUCAAAAACCCGGGUGCUGUGGACAGAGCGUUGAACUCCGACACCACCCAGCUGUAACUGCGUAUCUCGUAACACCUAAGAAAGUAUUAAAACGCAACCACUCAAUUGUUGUGGUUCUCAUUUUCAAAACAUUAAAAAAAAAGGAACAUAUUUUUGUGCAGAUUCGAAGACUUCUGGCCUUUCGUUGAGCAACGCAUUCUUUGCGCCAGCCUCACCAAAACAGUCAGCCAGGGCUUUGGUUCUGAACCGUCUUGUCUCUUUGGCGCUGAAGCGUGCGCAUGGUACUACUGUUUCUAAAACCGUUCCUGCAGGCACCAUGCGAAAGAACAACAGUGAACUUUUGGGUGUCAGCAAUGACGAGGCGGUGGCGGUGCCGUCCCCACAAUCCGGACCGUUUCAGCGCCUUCAUCGUGACCAUUCAGCGCGGGUGACGAUGCCCUCGCUCAAACGCACACCCGCUGCGCCCAACAGAUUAUCCGCAAGUAGACGCGGAUACUAUGCGAAGCUUGUCUCCAUCGUAGUUGGUGCGUUACUUAUGAUGUGCAUCCUUUAUAACUCGAGUCGAUGCACCGUCACGGUUUCAGACGGAAAGAUGGAGCGACUGCCCCUGAAGGACACGGACGAUGCUGCGCCCAUCGUGCCGGUGCACCCCGUGCAGCUGGAGCCCGGGAAGGCCAACCCCAUCGCGCUCAUUAUGCCGCUCGUCGGCUACCCGCUGAGCAGCAGCACAGGAGUGGAGUUGCUGCGUGAGCUGCUGCAGCCGCUGCUGCUGUCGGAGGCGGCGCUGUGCUACCGCGCGGACGACGGGGCGGCGGUGCCGGUGGUGGCGCACGCCGUCGUCGUGAGUCGCGUGUCGGCCACUGCGGUGCGGAGUGCGGUGCGUGGCGUGUUGGCGAAGGGCUCGACGACGGCGGGGUCGGCGGUGGCGGCGGCCGAGGCGGGCGGGUCGCUGACGUCCGGUGCGCGGUGGCGGACGUGGGAAGUGAGUGCUGCGUCGGUGCGCUCGGCCCUGCGACUGGCGAACACGAGCGACGGCAGCGGUGCGCGGUGCCUGGCGGAGGCGGUGACAGUGGUGGCGCACGCGGUGGAAGACGGCGGUGCGAUUUACGGCAAGGAGCCGGCGGAGACGCUGGAGGUGCUGGUGGACGCCGGUCUGCGGACGCGCGGCGGGGGUGCGGGGACGCACUUUGUGGUGCUGCCGUCCUUCUUGAGCGCGUCGAGGAUGGCGUACACGGAGCCGGACGAUGCGUCGGAGGCGCGGCGCGCGGGGACGGGGCUGUUGGAUGCGCUGCUGCGGACGGCGACGACGCGCAACGGCGGUCGUGUGGCGGCGGCGCAGUGCACCAUCCUGGCAACGGCGGAGCAGCCCGGCUCGCCUUCCCUCUUUCCGCCCGGUCUGGUACGAGCGGAGCUGUCGCCGCACGACCUGCAACGCCUGCAGGUGCUGGAGAAGGCAGCCAUUGUGGGCAGCACCUACGACGCGGCGAUGCUGGUGCCUUUUCUGGCGCGGCGGUUCAGUGGGUACCUCGCCACGGAUCAACGCGCCUCGUGGGAGGAGGUGGUGGACGCGGUGUCGCUGAACUGCGGUAUCUUCAGCCGCAGCCUCUACAACGCCGUCGGCGGCCUCGCAGGCGCCCUCUCCGUAAGCGGCGCGCAGCACCCCUCGAGUACGCUUCCCGAUCACGUGCUGGCUGCGCCGGACCGCGGGGGGUGGGCGCUGUCGCUGCGGAUGCAGGAGGUGUACCCGGACUGGCAGGUGUGGAGCAGCCGCGGCGUGGCGGUGCUGCGGGACGACCUUACGGCGGGGCGCAGCAGCCCGAUAGUCCAGAGCCUCUUCUCUGCCCUUUUCUCUCUCCGCGACGCGUACGGAAGGCGAAUGCAUCCGCUGCUCGCGGGGCUCCAGCGACGCCGCGUGGGGCAGCCGUGGCGCACCCGCCAGACGCAGCUGCGAAUGUGGAACAGCACCGCGGUCCCUUCGCAUUUCCCGGCCGUAAUCUCCUAUGAGACCGACUUUAUCGCUCCCUGCUGUGGCCUCAGUCGAGAGGCGAUGGGCUAA